AUGUCUUUGAAACAGGAAAUCGAGACCUGGGUGGCAGCUCUUGGCCACUACGAUAAUAAUGAGUUUGACGAGGCGUUGAAGGAGUUCGAUGGCAUUUCAGAUACCUCGAAGAUUCUAUUCAACUGUGGUGUCAUUCAUGCGACACUGGGAGAGCAUGAGAAGGCGGUGGAAUGUUACCAGAGAGCGGUACGACUCGAUCAAUACCUCGCCGUGGCAUACUUUCAACAAGGAGUAUCGAAUUUCUUGGUUGGUGACUUCGAGGAAGCAUUGGCGAAUUUCAACGAUACACUUUUAUAUCUGAGAGGGAACAACAUGAUCGACUACGCACAACUUGGUCUCAUGUUCAAGCUAUAUUCUUGCGAGGUUCUUUUCAAUCGUGGUCUCUGCUACAUAUACCUCCAGCAAAAGGAUGCAGGAAUGCAAGAUUUUUCCUUCGCCGCCAAGGAGAAGGUUGUCGAGGAUCACAAUGUCAUUGAUGAGGCAAUCAGAGAAGAAGCAGAGGGUUACACUGUGUUCUCGAUCCCCGUCGGAGUCGUGUACAGACCCAACCAAGCCAAGGUCAAGAACUUGAAGACCAAAGAUUACUUGGGUAAAGCAAGAUUGGUUGCUGCUUCCGACAGAGCAAAUGCUUUCACCGGUUUUGCGGGCUCAGAAAUUAAGAAUGCUGGCAAACUUGACGUCAAAGACGACAGACCACCAGAAAAUCUUUCCUUCGCAGCUACGAAUCUCGUUAAACCAGGUCUCUCAAGUAAACGCCAACAAUCAGAACCUCCUAUUGGCAGAAAUGUGUUCCCACCAACUCCACCUCCGGAGGCCGAUAAAGCUCAAGCUCCAAGUCAGAUGAGUCGUGGAGCUUCUGUUCGAAAUGGACCCAAGCCUAUGCCUGCGAAAUUGAACAUCGAGAAAGCUCGUCCAAAUGAGAGAUACGAAGUCCGUGAUGAAAUCCGUGAAGAAGCUAGAAGUCCACCUCAACGACGUGGUACUGCAAGAACAGCAUCUGAGCCCAGAGGACCACCUUCCAGACAGUACUCACAACGCCCACCACCUCAAAGGAGACGAUCAGAAGAUGAGGAAGAGGAUGCUUACCCCGACGAGCUGUACGACAUGUACUCCGGAUCCAGCAAUUCUCGUAGCAGCCGAGCAAAUGGAAGGAAACCACCACAACCUCGCUAUAUCGAAGAAGAGGAAGAAUACGCCAGCGACUACGAUGAUGGUUCCUUUGACGAAAACGACUUUGAAAUGAUCAGAGGUCCUCCCGCUGGUCAACGAUCACGUGCACCAUCUACAGCCGGAGGACGUGGACAAUCUCGUCGUCCCGACAUUCGCAAGAUUAGAGUCAAGGUGCAUGCCGAAGAUGUGCGAUACAUCAUGAUUGGUGCCGCAGUAGAAUUUCCUGAUCUGGUGGAUAAGAUUAGAGAGAAGUUUGCGUUACGCAAGCGUUUCAAGAUCAAGGUCCGAGAUGAAGAUAUGCCAAAUGGGGAUAUGAUUACAAUGGGCGAUCAAGAUGAUCUGGAUAUGGUGAUUAUGGCUGUCAAGGCUUCAGCAAAGAGGGAGAGGCUCGAUAUGGGGAAGAUGGAAGUCUGGAUUCAAGAAGUCUAA